AUGUACUACGACAAGAGGACAAGGCGGCAAUGCCCAGAACUCACAGCGGUCAACGUGGACGUGUUUCGGUGCAAUCCAGGCCUUGGCGUUUCUCGGCACCCACCCGUGAUAAGAUUUCGCCAAGCCUUCAAAGGCCUCAGAAGGGGGAACACCAACGCUACUGUACCCGUCUUCUCGCUGCUGCUGCUCGGCAGGCAUGCUAUGGACUUGUCUGCUGUCUGCUUUGCUUUGCUUGGCUGGUUCUUGUCGUUUCUUGGGUACGAACCUUUCCUUUCCUUUCAUUCAUUUGUCACCAUUUCUUGUCUUUCCCGUCUGUGUUAUAUAUCUAUCCCCAUCGGUUCGUUCCUCUACAAUAUCUACGCCUGGAUGGCCUUCGACAUUGUCAGAGACGCUGUCCUCGAUAUUCUUCACGCGCGUCUUGUCUGCAGCUGGAAUAUAGCCAAGUCUGCGCGAAACCCCACACUGCAGAUUGUCUGCCCAGCGAAUCUUUCACGCGCCCUUUUAUCCAACGAGAACGCAAACUACUGGUCGCAUUGCCGGAUGGACAAGAGUGACGAUCGUCAUUGA